AUGGGGUUCGAUGUGAGCCAUCUCCCCCAGUUUCAGUCCCUGCAUUCUUCUCUCAAGACCCUAGGCUCCAGGAAGGCCAUCUUUUCCCGCCAUAAACGCUGCAAGAGGUACCUGCUCAGUCUUCCCUUCCCGAGGUCCUCCUCCUCCUCCCCUCUGUAACUUCCUCUGCAGAUGCUGCGAUCUGUGCCGAGAGAAAUCGGGAGAUGCAGUAGUAACAUCUUCACGUUCUUGUGGAUUCCUCCCACCCUUUUCUCUUGUUCUAAUCUCGGUUCCUGCUUUCUGGGAGCUCAGCGAUUCCGACAGGAGGCUCAACGGAGACGAUCCGGAUCUCCCCCGCGGAGCUUCUCCCCAUGUGAAGAUCGUAAGCCCCCGUGUUCAACUUCCCUUCUUCGGUUGAAGAAGAUCAGAGCCCUUGCUCCCGUUCGUCGGAAAUAGCUCGAACACCGGCAGUGUCUGAUCUGAUUUUUAUUUUUUUUAUAAAAAAAAUUGAAGCACAUCGAGCCAGCAAAGGAUGAAUCAGGCGCCGAGGGGGGGCCAUUACCCGACGCCGAGGUCCAAAGCAACUUACAGCAGGAGGUGCGUAGCUGAGCUUCUUCCCUACUGAAUGGCUAGUAGUCUAGGGUUUAUGACCCCAACGGGGCAGCUUUCAUCUCAGACCAGGGUUUCAUCGAGGUUCAUACAUGGAAUCUACAUGGAAUCUACAUGGAAUCCGUGAAAUAUGUUUCUCUACGAUCACCAGUAUGUUCUUCGCGACUGACUGAUGAUGAAGCAUAUCAUCUUCUACCCUAGAAGGGAAGGCGAGCAAGGGGGAUUACGAUCCUAGAGAGUAUAGUUUCCCUCGCGGAAGCUUUCGAAUGGACUGGGAGAUCCAACGCAUGGCCUCCCAGACGAAUAGAUUUGGUGAUCGCGCAAUCCGUCAUUGAUUCCGGGUUCUUCCUCUCUCUCUCUCUCGCUCUCGCUGUCUCUGCGCAGAUCUUACAGCUCGAGAAACGGCUGCAGGGCCAAUUUUCCCUGCGUCACGCCCUGGAGAAAGCCCUGGGCUACAGAUCUUCAACGGUGGAUGCUUCCGGCGAUAAUCUGAUGCCGAAGGUCCCCCAUCUGAAACCCAUCUUCCUGAGUGGAUGCUGAGCUUCUGAUGCAUCCAGACGCUGAUGAUCUAUCUUUUACCUCUCUGGUUUCAGCCGACGAAGGAGCUGAUAAGGGAGAUCGCGGUGUUGGAGGUGGAGGUGAGGUACCUGGAGCAGUACCUGCUGUCCCUCUACCGGAAGGCGUUCGGGGAUCAAGCUUCCUCGCUGUCUCCCUCUAGGGUUGGGGAGAGGUCCGAGCCACCGGCGGAUGCCUCACAGUCUGUCGUUGCUCCCCAUGGAGCCGCUGGAUCGGAGAAUCCCCCGGAGCAGGGGAAUUCGUCGGACAGGGCCGCCGCCCCUGCUCCGCCGCCAUGGAAGCAGGCCGGGGAUUCCGGCCGCGAAGGGCCCUUCUCCGGUUGCCCGAGGAAGCUGACGGGACCCGGCGCCCACCGGAGCCACUCGGCGCUGUCCCAGCGCUCCAUCUGCUCCGGUAGAGGGUCGCCGCAGGCGGAGAACCUCGCGAGGGCCCUGCGGGAGUGCCACUCUCAGCCUCUGUCUUCCCUCGACGUACGCAAUUGCCUCCGGCAAACCAUCUUCUUCUUCUUCUUCUUGCUGGGUUCUUCGUCGUCUGGUUCUGAUUCGCCGGCGGCGGUUUGCUACACAGAAGGAGGCCGGCGGCGCGCCGGAGGUGAUCAGCCUGGCGGAGUACCUCGGCACGAGCAUCGCGGACCACCUGCCGGAGACGCCCAACAAGCUCUCCGAGGACCUGGUGAAGUGCGUGGGCUCCAUCUACUGCAAGCUGGCGGAGACGCCGCUGGUUUGCCCCCCCGGCCUCUCCUCCCCCGCCUCGUCGUCCUUCUCCUCGAUGUGCCCCUUCUCUCCUCAGUACCAGGGCGACCCAUGGAGCCCCGGCCGCCGCAAGGACCCCUCCUUGGACGCCUGGCUCGAGAACCCCUUCCGAGUCGAAGGCCUCAAGGAGUUCAGCGGCCCCUACAAUGUCAUGGUGGAGGUCCCCGCCUUCUGUCUCAGCGCCGAUCGCCUCGUCGACGUCGAGGACAUGCUCCACAGAUACAAGUGACCUCUCUCUCUCUCUCUCUCUCUCUCUCUCUCUCUCUCUCUCUCUCUCUCUCUCUCUCUCUCUAAACUGUUUCUGCGGCUCCUGUGCUUCAGAUCGCUCGCUCUUCGGUUGGAGUCUGUCGACCCGAGGAAGAUGAAGCACGAGGAGAAGGUCGCCUUCUGGAUCAACAUCCACAACGCCUCGGUGAUGCAUGUGAGACUCGCGCUGUUCUUCCCUCCAGACUCGCGAUGUUCUUGGUCCGCCGCCGCCGCCAUCUUCCUCACAUAUCUGCGGAAUUAUUGCAGGCAUAUCUGACCCACGGGGUCCCCCAGAACAAUCUGAAGCGGCUGGGUCUGCUCCUUAAGGUUGGGAAGCCAGCCGACGCCGAUUAAUCUCGCAGACGAAAAAUCCUUGGCGGGAUUCAUUGUUCUGACCCUCUUGGAUCAUCGUCCUCUUCCCCAGGCCGCAUGCAACGUUGGAGGCCGGAUCGUCACCGCCGACGCCAUCCAGAAUUCGAUCCUCGGAUGCCGGACCCAUCGCCCCGCGCAGGUCCUCCCCUGCCCAAAAGAGAUCCCCUCCCGCUUCCUCCGCCAUGGCUCACUGAAGCUUCAUGUUCCUCCGUCUCUGCAGUGGCUGCGGGCCUUCCUCUCCCCGGGACUGAAGGUGAAGAAGGCUGACGACUGGCAGGCGUACGCCAUCGAUCACCCGGAGCCCCUCCUCCAUUUCGCGCUCUGCUCAGGGAGCCACUCCGACCCGGCGGUACCUGCUCCGCUGCUUCUCUCUCUCUCUCUCUCUCUCUCUCUCUCUCUGGACGGAGGAUCGUCUUGGUCGGUCAUGGCUGAUGCUGAUCGGUGGAGUCUCUCUGCAGGUGCGGGUGUACUCGCCGAAGAGGCUGCUGCCGGAGCUUGAGAAGGCGAGGGAGGAGUACAUACGGGCGGCGGUGAGCAUUCGCCGGGAGCAGAAGAUCCUACUCCCCAAGGUCGUGGAGGCCUUCGCCAAGGACGCCGGCCUGAGCCCGGCGGGCCUGCUGAGCAUGAUCCAGCGCUACCUCCCGCAGACGAUACAGAUGGCCAUGCGGCGGUGCCAGCAGGGGAGGUCCCAGAAGGUGGUUGAGUGGGUUCCCCACGGCCUGGCCUUCCGCUACCUGCUCUCCAGAGACCUCGCUAACUCCGAUCUCAAGUGA